AUGAUUCAGGCGAUGCAAAGAUCACUCCCCUCAAGUCCGGCCAAGCGCCUGCUCGUACUGUCGCUUCUGUCUCUGCUGCUCACCAAUUCGAUGGCCCAGGACGUGACGCAGGGGCCGCUCGCUCCCGUCAGCCUGGGCUCGUACACGGAGCUCGCGACGGCGCGAGGCUGUGCCGCGGCGUGCCUCGUCUACAACGGCAUCUGGGUGUGCGGCGUCAACGCGGGCUACGAUGACCUGGGCGUGGCGCUCGAAUGCGGAUGCGCGUCGAUCAACGGCUGCUACUGUAACGCCGGACUCGCGAGCUCGGCGACGGCGUAUCUCUCACGCUGCGUUAGCAGUCGAUGCGCCGAGUCGGUGGAGAACUGGACGCAGGAGGUGGCGGGGAUGCUGGGGAUCUACGAGGGGUACUGCGCGACGGCGCUCGAGGCAGGAGAAGGGACGGCGGCGGCGACGACGACGACGACGACUUCGAGAGCCAGGACGACCACUGGAGGAGCGACUGUUGCGACUGACGCGACGAGAAGUGCGCUGACGAGCGGAGGGGCGGAGGAGACUUCGGCCACAGAGAACGGUGCGACGGAGAACGGUGGGGCAGGCGAGGGCAAGACGGACGGAGGUCUCAGCAAGUCAGACAUUGUGGCCCUCGCUGCGAGCCUCGGUCGGGAUCCCGAGUCUCAUCGUCGCGUUGGUGACGCUGUGUAUCCAGAUGAAGAAGCGGAAGAGGAACGCUGGCGUGACGGCGACCGAACAGCACCAACAAAGCGGAGCUCACGUCGUGCCGCACACGGGAAAGCCUGCGGAAUACCCCUCUGA